AUGGAUUCCAAGAACAUGGCAAAGAAGACCAUGAAGAAGACCAAGGGUCGUCAGAAGAUUGAGAUAAAAAAGAUGAGCAACGAGCAUAACCUUCGGGUGACGUUCUCCAAGCGUCGAACUGGGAUUUUCAAGAAAGCCAGCGAACUUGCUACCCUCUGUGGUGUGGACAUUGCUGUCAUCAUGUUUUCACCGAGUAACCAGGUUUUCUCCUUCGGAAGCCCUAAUGUGGAUCCUGUUAUCCAACGCUACACAGCGCAAGGUCCACCUCCGCUCCUCACGCUAGACCUGAACGAGGCUCACAGCACCGUGGACGAGGGAGAACUCCAUGCGCAACUCAACAACUUGUCCGACCAGAUGGCGGCGGAGAAGAAGCAUGAAGAGGCUCUGAAACGUCUGAUGAAGGAUGUGGAGGAACACUCGUGGUGGGCCAUGCCGAUGGAUAGCAUGAACGAUGCGCAGCUAGAGAAGUACAAGAAGAUGUUGGAGGAUCUGAAGGAAUGUGUGAAUGAAAAACGUGAGAAGCUCCUCCUUCAGACCACUUUUUCUUACAACUCACCGACUCAGUUUCUCACAGGUGGAAACAACUCCUUUUCCAAUGUUGAUAACUCUGAAACUAUACAUACGCCAUUGUCGUUGUAG